AUGGCACCCGCGCAGGUCCGCCUCGGACAUGACCGCAACGAAGGCAGCAUCGCCUGCCUCGCCAAAGCAUCCAUGCUGCCCGACCCGGAUAAAGCGCACCUUCAUCAAGAUGUUAGAGUGUUGCAAUCAGCUCGCAAUUGGCUCGACCCACCGAGCGGAUCACCGGAAUGCGGACCAAGUGGCUUGAAGAUCGUCGGACCGCCACGCGUUGCACCACACCCAACGCAGCGCACGCUCACCUGCCGUGAUACCCCGGGCCUUGGCACCAAUCGCGAGGCCGAGCUCAGCCGUCGCUGGUCGGAGAAUCGGCAUAGCCUCUCACAGGCAGUGUGGGAAUACAAUAUUGCCACGGUGCAGCUCCGAGGCAUCACACCGGCCUUCGAUGCAAACGAACCCUUCCAGAAGCCAUUCGACCAGUGCGAUGUCCGCCUCGGACUCAGUGCUGCCCAAAUUGAGAACCUCUUGUUGGCAGAGGCUCUCUACCUUGCAGGUCAAAUCCAGUAG